AUGUCGAAGUUUCUGGAUAUACUUUCAGAGCGAGUUCCAUAUGUUACGAUACCUGACGUCAAUGAGGAAAGUUUCAGCUUGUUAUUAAGAUAUUUAUAUAGUGGCACGUUAUCUCUGGAGGGUCUUUAUCCGGCAGAGAUAUUUGACCUAUAUCAUGCUGCUUCAAAAAUUGGAUUUAUUUUGUCAAUUACACAUUUCGAAAAUAAUUAA